AAUAACUAGACAAAUGCGGGGUAUCACGCAUGAAACGAUAGCAGCAAUUCGAUUUCGAUUUGGGCCUCUUCUCAAUACUGCACCGCUGCGCAGUUUCAUUAUCUUCUAUCUGACGGACUGACCGGGCAACACCAUGCAAUUGUGAAAACUCACUAGACUAUCAAAAGCAUCGCCAAAGUAUGAAGGCAGAGAAUGGAAAUUGGGAAGGCCAAAGAAAAGCGAAAAGACUGUUUUAUCAACCAAAACACCACCCAACUCUAUGGAUUUCCCGUGAAGGAACUAUUUGAUGCGGAGUGACUUGCGGCCAGAACGCGGAGUCACAUGAGUUUGUUGUGUUUGCCUCCGUCGUCAUAGGUAAAUGGAUGGUCGAAGAUUAAUCCUUACCCCCAACUACUUCAACGCCUUACUCAAUUGAAGUCAUUUCAAUAUGUUUGCGUUUAGGACUUUCGCCCGUAAUACUCCUAGUCUGUCAAGAUGGUCACAGGUCCGGAGUGUCUCGACAUUGGAAGGUCAUCCCCACAUUUAUGUUUUCCCAUCUAAUGGGAGCCACAUCUUGUCAUUGUUGCCGUCAGAGCCUCCAAACUCUAGAUUGUCCAUUGGCGUCACCUCUAAACUGCCCCCUACGACGGACUCCUUUAGGGAGAACCCGGAAUUCCUGAAGAUCCUACAGGAUGUGGUCUCCAAGUAUGGACACCAGGACCCGGACGCUGUCUCCCAAGCCCAGGUGAUGGCGUCUACAUCCGGCGCUAACUUGGGCUCUGGUGGUGUCCUAUUGACGGGUGGGCGUGCCAGAAGACGGCACAGUGCAGCAGAUUCCAGCGGUGGAGCGAGCGGCCAAGGUGGUGCUGGAUCUGCCGGGCGAGGAGGCUGGAUACACAUUUCGGACAACCGGCGGCCACCCGAGUAUGGCCGGAUUGCAUGGCCCGAAGAUAUCUUUGGAAGUCUUGAGGUCGAUGGUGACGGUAGUUUCGUGGGAAGCAACGGAAAUUAUCAGCCAAGCGGUACUUAUAGGAUCGUGACUCGGGAUGGAAUUUUGGGUUUGAGUCCAUUCCUUAGAGAAAAGUUGGUACAGAGGCUGCGUCAACAGGAGAGUCAAUAGCGGACGCAUUGAGAAGCCAUGUACAUUAUUCGACUAUAUUUUAUUGAACUUGAUAAUAAUUAUGACUAAACUGCAGGCCAGUUUGGUUAGAA